GAAUCUUGAGCGAAGGGGAGGUGCUGCCGAGCUGAGGCUGGCUCUAUAUAAACUGUGAUCAGCUGGACGUUUCUGCACAGCAGCUGAUCACCAUCACUGUUUACACAUCUGAUCUGAGGACUUCAGUUUUGUCUUUAAAAAAAAAAAAAGUCAUCACAAGCAUUUGAAACAUGGAGAUCCGCAUCAUUAUGCUGGAUGGGACUUCCCACAGCAUAAAUGUGAACCCGGAGGACUCCGUCGGUUCUCUGAAGAAGACGAUCCAGACCAGACUGGGAUACCUCCCUGUCAGGCAGAAGCUGGUGAUCAGUAACGGCCAGAGGACUCCUCUAAGCGACGACUCCCGGUCUCUGAGGGACUACGGUCUGCAGUCCGGCUCCCAGGUGUCUCUGCUGGUCACUCAGCCCGCCAACAUCCAGGUGUUCCUCCGCAACGAGAAGGGAAAGUUGAGCACCUACGACAUCACACCUGAGGAGACUGUUGCUGACUUCAAGACCAGAGUGCAGCACAGAGAGGGAGUUCCUGUGAGCCAGCAGAGACUCAUCCACCAGGGCCGGGAGAUGAUGACCGGGACUCUGGCGGACUACAGCGUCGGGGAGCACAGCACCAUCGACAUGACUAUGCGUCUGAGAGGAGGCUGAGGACACUGACACGGUUCAUACACCACACUAAUGUACAUGUAGAUGUACGUUUGUUUAUUAUGUAUGAAGAUCAAAUAGCAACAUGCGCUUUUUAUUUAUUAGGACUUUUAUUUUGAACAUCAAUACAUUCCUCAAUGUGUAAUUCUGUGUUAAAAACUUUUAUUGUGGCAGUACAAAUACACACAACACGUUUUAAUUUUUUUUAUGACAAAUACAAAAAAUAAAGUCUACAGACUUUA